AUGGAUGGUAACAAGGUGGAACCGAUCGCGGUGGUUGGAAUUGGAUGCCGAUACCCUGGAGGGAUUACAACCGUCCAUGAGUUCUGGGAUGCCAUUCGGAAUGGAACAGACACGAUAUCAGAAGUUCCGCAGGAUAGAUUUAACGUCCAUGCAUUUCACGAUCCCACGGCCCAAAAUAAGGGCCGGAUCAACAAUGUAAAGGGCGGUUUUCUGGAGGAUAUAGAUAAAUUUGAUGCCGAAUUCUUCGGGUACUUUCCAAAGGAAGCAUGCCGAAUAGAUCCACAACAAAGGUUAAUCUUGGAGGCUUCUAUCCAUGCUCUCGAGGACUCAGGUACUCGACUAGACCAGGUGUCUGGGUCGCGUAUGGGGGUAUUCGCAGGAACAUUCCAGUAUGAUUACGCUUUCAUACAGGGAGCCAGUGUACAACGGGAUCAAGCCAGCGGGCAUUCAAACCUGGGAGCCGGGGCUUGUGGUCUUUCGAACCGGGUAUCUCAUCGUCUGAAUCUGCAGGGGCCUAGUGUCACGGUGGAUACAGCUUGUUCAGCUAGUAUGGUAGCUCUUCAUCUUGCAUGUCAAAGCAUCUGGACGGGAGAGAGCACAGCUGCCUUUGCGUGUGGAGUUAAUGCAAUUUUACGACCUGAAGCAAGCAUUUCUCUUUCCAUGGGCGGUUACGUAUCAAAACAGGGGGUUUGUAAACCCUUCGAUAAAGAGGCAGACGGCUAUGUGCGAAGUGAGGGUGUCGGGGUUGUUUACCUUAAGCCUCUGGCCCAAGCUCUUAGGGACAAAGACAGGAUUUACGCUCUGGUUCGGGGGUCGCUACUAAACCAGGACGGUUAUACAGAAGCCGGGUUUUCUGUUCCUAAUCCCGCUGCCCAGAUGGCCCUCCUGCAAUCAGUGUAUGAGCGUUCUGGAAUUGAUCCUGGUAGUGUCAGUUAUGUCGAAGCACAUGGGCCCGGAACCCCAAUUGGUGACCCAAUCGAACUGCGGGCACUAGGGGAACGACUUGGGCAGGCCCGUCCAGAGGAAAAUGGACCCCUUCUAGUAGGCUCCGCCAAGGGGAAUUUCGGCCACACUGAGGGAGCCUCAGGUAUCACGGGUUUCAUCAAAGGCGUUUUGGUGGCAUUUCAUGCAGAGGUUCCCCCCCAAAUUAACCUUGAGACACUAAAUCCAGACCUGGAUUUUAAUGAACUCCGCGUUACUAUUCCUCAGAAAGCAACCGCUCUUCCUCUAGGAGACAAAAAGGAGCUUUUCAUCGGCGUCAACUCAUUCGGGGCAGGGGGGACUAAUGGACAUGUCAUUCUUCAAAAUGCAUCCCCGUACACAUGCCAGCCCAGAACCAGGCCAACUCCAGCAACUUAUCACAGCCUAAAGCCUUUCAUCGUAUCUGCGAGGUCUACAGCUGCAUUAGACGAUACAGGCAAGGAACUUGCUUGCUGCAUUCGGGCAACCCAUCCUACGACAGAGGAUAUUUCCUAUACUUUGAAUAGGCGCCGGACCUUCCAUUCCGAAGUUGCAGUUAUUGCCGCAAGCAGCCUUGAUGACCUUUGCCUCCAUCUUGAUCAGCUUGCUUCUGGUGGUGCGACAAAGGAGAUUUUGUCCUUGCAUCUGCAAAGUAAUGAGAAAAACCCAAAGGUUGCUUUUGUGUUCUCCGGACAGGGAGGCCAGUGGCUUGGGAUGGGAAUGUCGCUCGCCAUCCAGGAACCAGUAUUUCGGCAAUCCUUAGCUGAUUUUGAUGCCCACUUUACUGGACUCUCGGGAUGGUCCCUUCGCGCAGAGAUUUCUGCCCCCCUUGAUGACCCGUUCUCUACAAGCCAAACGACAGUGGUUCAGCCAGCUAUUGCGGCGAUCCAAAUUGCAUUAGCCAAAACAUUGGCCUCAUACGGAGUCCAUCCUGACGCCGUAAUUGGCCACUCCGUUGGCGAAGUCGCAGCCGCCCAUAUUAGCGGUGCACUCACCCUGGAAGAGACAGUAAAGGUCAUAUAUUGGAGAUCCCAGAUACAAAGUAAAGCGCAGGGCCAAGGGGCAAUGCUAGCUGUUGGGUUGUCAUCAACUGAAACACAGAAACAUAUAUGGCGCCGGCGACUGAAAGAUAGAGUCGAGAUUGCUGGUCUGAAUGGGCCUCAAUUGACGACCCUAAGUGGCGAGACAGAGGCUCUCAAACAGUUACUGGAAGAUUUUCAAAAAGAGGAAACCUUUGCCAAAUUCGUGAAGGUCAAUGUCCCGUACCACAGUCGUUUCAUGGAUCCUUACAAAGAAGAACUCAUAGGGUCUUUGUCUUCCGUCCAGGGGAAAGAAGCCGCCAUCAGUCUAUACUCCACCGUCACCGCAACCAAAGAGUCGGGGACACACCUAACGGCAGAGUAUUGGUUCAAAAACAUUCGCCGUCCGGUGAAAUAUUUAGAAGCAGUGAGUGAAGUACUCAAAGAUGGCCAUACUUUAGUCAUAGAAAUUGGACCUCACCCUGUGCUCGUGGGCGAGACACGGCGUAUCGCACGGUCAUUGCAAAGUCCUGCCACCGUACUUCCCUCCAUGUGUCGAAAUAAUGAUACUGCACCCCUUGUUCACGUGCUUGGAGUAGCACAUAUUAUGGGGUUCCCCGUAAAGCUAGAACCAUUCACCGAGGAUGGUGGGAGUGUCAUCGACCUCCCCUUGUAUCCCUUCCAGCGUCAGCGUUACUGGUUUGAAAACCCAGAAGGAUAUCGUAUCCGCCAAAUGAAAGAGAAUCACCCAUUCCUUGAAAGCUAUUCGCCGUUGUUAGAUGACGGCCGUGGUAUCGUGCGUCUUCGCCUCAGCACCGGAGUUUCACCAUUCCUCGCAGACCACAUUGUGGAUGGGGAAAUAGUCUUCCCGAUGACUGGACAAGCAGAGGUUGGGUUUCUCUCUGCCACAGUACUAGCUCAUCAACAAUUGGCCACGAGCAUCCGAAUAUCGGAUAUGAGGUUUGAGCAUGCUCUGGUAAUGACUUCAACGGAGGAUUUCCCUCUACAGGCACAGUUAGAGGUCACCUCUGCCGCUCAUGAUUUCAUCAUUAGCUCCCGCGCGGCAGAUGCUAAACCUGGAGACCCAUGGCAAAUAAUUUCGCGCGGACGAGUGAACGGCUCGACUAGUUCAGAGUCGCAUUCUUCAAUAGAAGAGCUAUCGUCCGUGCGAGCUCGAAUUCAAACAGGAGAAGAAGUUAACAUUGAGAAAUUCUAUUUGAACUUAGACAGGGCUGGUCUUCGGUACGGCGAUGCCUUUCGCGGCGCACAAAGAAUAUGGAGACUGGGCAACGAAAUAUUUGCAUUUGCAGCACUCCCCGAAGCCUUUCAUCAAGAAGCAGCGCGCUUUCGAAUCCACCCUGCUCUUCUAGAUGCAAGUUUACACACCUUAUACGCUGACCAACAGUACCGAGGAAACCCGACAGAAAUCUACCUCCCUUAUGCCAUCGAGGAGGUGGAAAUGUUUGAUGCUCGCGGGGCAGUAAGUACUGCUGUCCAUAUCCAGAUUACUCGCCAUGAUGACAUGUUCAUUUGUGGCGACGUAACCGUCUGGAGUUCGGCCGGUGACUUGAUCGCUAUAGCCAAGGGGUUUUCUGGGAAGAGAGUUCCAGGCCGCAGUAUUGGCGAUGUGCCACAGUACGAUAUCUUAUUUAUUCCAGAGCCAGAAGAAGAUUCCUUCGAAAUCAUGUGCGAUAACGUGGUGUUAUUUGAGCCGCAAUCAGGGGUUAUGGAUUGUACCCCCGCCAUUCGUUCUGCUUUUCCGGGUGCUCAUAUACAAAAACUCGAAUACACCCCUCCAGAAAAGCCCAAGAUACCAGAAAUGCUGGACUACCCUUUGGAUGGGCGUGGCCUCAUUGUAGUCCCAAGCAUCUUGUUGACUCCCCAAGAUGAUCCAACUAUUGAUCUACAGGUUAACCUGGAGCUGAUCAUCCAUGCAAUCGUGGAAAUUGCAAACCGCCUUCAUUCACGCCAAGGGGCUACACCCGUUGUUGUCAUUAGUAGGGGAGCUUGUAUGACCCCAGUAGAUUCUCAAUGCGACCCAUUCUCUUCCGCUCUGCAGGCGGCAGUAAGAGUAGCGGCGAACGAACUUCCAUGGGUCCGAAUCCGAUUGGUUGACCUUGCACUUGGUGCUAAUGAUAGCGAUCUCGAGUUGCUCGAAUGUGAACUUCGUAAGGGUCGGCUGCGUUGUGAUGAAAAUGUGGUCGCCUUGCGUCCUGGAGGAAUAUUUGUGAAACGACUUAUCCCCCUCUUCAGUUCUGAAGAUGAACGAUGCGAGGAUGACAUCCCCGUCCUCACGAUGCCCGCACGAGGCGGCCGUUACUUUGCCGAACCCGAUCCUGGAGGCUCACUAGAUGGAAUCAAGUUCCGGCAAUGUGCCCCCCGGUCAGGUAUCCUUGGACCUGAGGACGUAAGCAUUGACAUCCAUUAUGCAGGUUUAAACUUCAAGGAUGUUAUCAAUAGCUUAGGCCUGUUGAAUGAACGUGCAGUUUCUGGGUCCCUCUCCGGGCUCACACUCGGGAUGGAGGUGUCGGGAACAGUCUCUGCCAUUGGCGAAAAAGUACAAGGCCUCGAAGUUGGAGAUGAAGUUGUGGCUAGAGUGGCUAACGGCAUCGCCGGGAAUAUUGUCACCGACCAAAGUCUAGUUCAAUUCAAGCCAAAGGCACAUGACCUGGCGCAAGCUGCUGCCGUCGCUGGGGCUAUGUCAACUGCAUAUUAUGCACUUGUGUCUUUGGCCAAACUCACGGAGGGGGAAAGUGUCCUGAUUCACGCCGCUGCUGGUGGUGUAGGGAUGGCAGCGAUUCAAAUCGCCCAUACUCUUGGAGCACACGUAUAUGCAACCGCCGGAAGGACCGAACGGCGUGAAGUUGUGGCAAAGAUGUCCGGCGUUCGGGGGGUUUUUGAUUCCCGUUCAGUAUCGUUCCGUGAUGCGGUCAAAAAGGCCACAAAUGGCCGUGGUGUCGACGUAGUACUGAACUCGCUAGCUGGCGAGCUCCUGGCUGCAUCUGUCGAAUGUCUAGCGCCAUUUGGACGGUUUGUAGAGAUUGGAAAAAUUGAUAUCUACCGCAACAUGCGGUUGGGCCUAGAGCAAUUGGGCCAGAACUGUUCCUUUUUUGUUGUUGAUAUGGAUCGAUUGGUCAAACAAAAGCCGGAGAGACAUCAUGAAUUAUUGCGUGAGCUUUACGAGUUUUUUAAUUCAGGCAAACUCGAGCCUCUGCCUCUUACUUCGUUUCCCGUAACGGAGCUAAAAGCAGCAAUGAUUGCUCUGUCAAGAUCUGAGGUCAUUGGGAGAGCUGUGAUUGAAAUGCCUGAGGGAGUUGAAGUUCCGGUCAUUCCAUACGCACAGCUUCGGCUGCACAGCGAUCAAAGCUAUCUCAUCACAGGGGGUGCCGGCGGAUUGGGUUUGCAGCUGGCCGUCUUUCUGGCUGAUCGAGGGGCGAAAAAUGUCGUGCUUGUCAGCCGGUCAGGGCCUAAAUCAGCAGAUGACAGGGCAACAAUUGAGUGUUUACGAAGGCAAGGAGUCAAAGUCUGGGUUGAGCUCGCAGAUGUAACAGUCGCGAAAAAAGUCCAUUCGCUGUUUAGCCAUGAAAGAGAAUGGCCAACUGUGUCUGGUGUUAUUCAUUGUGCUGCCGUAUCAGGUAAUGACUCAGUGAAAGAUACCACAAGCGAUACUUUCCAAAGAGUCUUUGACCCCAAAGCAAAAGGAGCGUGGCAUCUUCACCAAGCCACAAAAGACAUGCCGCUGGAAUUCUUUGUCCUUAUAUCAUCCAUAGCUAGUUCAGUUGGUAUCCCCGGACAAUUGGCCUACUCGGCUGCGAACCAGUUCCUCGAUAAUCUGGCGCAUCAUCGCCGAAAAGCCGGGUUGACCGCAUUGGCCAUGAAUUAUGGAGUAAUGGGCAAUUUUGCUAGUAUUUUCAAAAACUCUGGCCACGACGCCGAAGAGCUUGUUGAGUUCAACAUGAUGAGAGGACUAUUUCCAAUGAGCCUUCCUGAAGUGUUAUCAACCUUGGAGAAAGCUAUGAUUGACAAUACCACGCAACGCAUGGCGGCAGAUGUGGAUUGGCGUAUGUUUGUAGCCGAAGCCCCUCACCUGGUAUUAGAUGGAACCUUUAUCAGUCUUCCCGAACAGAGUGCAAAAAUGUGUAGAUCCGAUGGUUUCGGGUCUGGAAGUGGGCCAAGGACCGCAGAGGAGAUAGCCGAUAUACUGCAUACGGGUCUCGCAAAAAUUCUUGGAGUUGAAGAGAGUAAAAUCUCUCGGACAACGAAACUAGAUCGAUAUGUGACCGAUUCGUUGACUCUUGCACAAGUGCGAGGGAUGAUUCAGCGUGAUAUUAAGAUAUCGUACCCUGUCAUGAAGCUCUUUGGUAGCCCUACUCUCGAGAGUAUAGCUCAGGAACUUGAGAGAAUUGCAAAUUCAGACACCAACAAGCCAGAAAACAUGCCACAAGAGCAAAACCAUGAGCCAAGCCAAGAAUCCCUCCAUUUCGAUAAACUAACCGAUAUAUCCGCCUGGUUCAUACGAGGAAGUCAUGUUGCCGUUGAUAAAGGCCAGCCACGUCUUAUCUGCAUCCAUCCGAUAGCGACGGAUGCUACUUUUUUUGCUCCAUACUUGAUUAACCCGCCUCAGGGGCUAGAUAGUAUUGCGGUUCAACUUCCUGGUAGAGACAACAGGAUAGACGAGCCUAUACCGUCUAGUGUUUCUGAAAUUGUAUCAGGGCUUCUUAAAGAAUUAGAGUCUACCAUUGGAGUUCCAGCCAUCAUCUGGGGCCAUUCAUUCGGUGGUAUAGUUGCCUUCGAGACCAUUCGAGAAUUGAGACGUCGUGGAGUUCAUCCGCUGCCACGGCUAGUCGUCAGUGCCACCGUCGCACCACGUCUCCUCCGCUCCUGGCAAAAAAGACCAGUCAUGCAAAGAUUAUUCACAGACAGCGUAGAGGCAGAUUACUUUAUCUCUACCUUGCGCUCAAUAGAGGAUGCGGCCUUUGUUCGAUCUAUUCUGCCACAUUUUAGACGUGACGCGCCCUGGUUCACCAGCUAUGAAUACGCAGAGGAGGAGCCACUAAAUGUCCCUAUCACUGCGUUUGCCGCCCGCCAGGAUGAUUUCGUAUACCCGGAUCAGGUUGAGGCUUGGAGAGAACAGACGGACCAGUUUGAAUUCACAGAGGUCGACGGCGAUCACUGGUUUGUUCGUAAUAACCAGGACUUGAUUCAUGCGACGUUGGAGAAGAUGGUGCCCUUACCUAAUUAG